AUGGUGGGCGUCUUGACGUACAACAUCCACAGCGGGGUGGGCACCAACGGCGCCUACGACUUGGAACGUGUGGCUGGGGUGAUCCGCAGAUCCAAGGCUGAAAUCGCAUGCCUCCAGGAGGUGGAGGUGAACAAGCAGCUGAGACGAGCUCGCAGGUGGUCAGCGAUGCACGCUGAUGACCAGCCGCAGGUGAUUGCGAAAGCCUGCGGCUUGAAGAACUGCGCCUUCGCAGCCACGCUGAAGGCCUCCUUCCAGGAGGCCAGGUGUUGGAGUGGAGAAGUCUUAGUGGGCUCUCAAGAGGCCUCCUAUGGUCUGGCAACACUCACCAGGUUCCCGAUUCUCGACACGCGACAGAUGAUGUUCCAACGCUCCGGGCCUUGUUUAGAGGUGAACCAUCCAAGUACCCAAAAAGGGCAACAGACUGUGCUGGAGGACGGCGACACGUUGCACAUGGAUCGGCAAGUGCAGCCCCGAGGGGCCUUGGCAGUGCUGUUAGAUUUGACCUCGGAAGAUGCCAGGCCCAUGUGGGUCAUCAACACCCACUUCUCCCACAGGAUGGCAUCGAAGGAACAACGCCGGCAAGCGCGGGAGGUUUUGCAGUGGAUCGAGCAUCUGCGAAGUGAAUCCGCGGAUGGUUUGGAUGACGCCCUAGAAAGGCCCACAUUCCUCCUGGCCGGCGACUUCAAUUCCUCCUUUUACAUGCCCUACUCCAGCUACAGCGUCGUGGCUGCAGAUGAGCGUUGGAGAGAUUUGUGGAAGGAAGCUGAAGCUCCUUGUUGUUGUCAAGCCAGUUUUCCAUCCUAUGGCUGCGGGGGUCUCUUCGGGAUGAGGAUCGACCACCUCUUUGGCCUACGAGUGGAGGGGGAGACCCUGCCCAUGUGCGAAGUGGCGCAGGUGCUACGCCGCAGCCCAGCAGAUGAGAUGGCCUCAGACCACUGCGCCGUCUUCGCAGAGAUGGACUUUGUGGAGGAUCCGGAGUCGAAGGUGAAAGAGGAGGAGCUGCUGCUGAUCCAAUAA